AUGACUUUCCCUUUAAGGCACCUGGCUCACCUGUCGGCGCCCUUCCCUCCUCACCUGGCUCAGGUGGCAGGCGAAGAGAAGGAGGAAGAGGAAGAGGAGGAAGUCGCCAGGGCCUCCAACGCCGCGAUGUCCGCCUCGGCCGUCUUUAUCCUUGACCUGAAAGGCAAGCCACUGAUCAGCCGCAACUACAAAGGAGAUGUGAGCAUGUCGGAAAUCGACUACUUCAUGCCACUUCUGAUGCAGAAGGAGGAGGAAAGUGCCUUGACGCCGCUUCUGUCCCGAGGAAAGAUUCACUUCCUUUGGAUCAAGCAUAGCAACCUCUACUGUAUCCUUUCAGUGCCCAAGAGAAUAAGAAUGUGGGAUUUAUCUUCCAUUUGUAGCCAAGCUGUGUGUAUAUACAUUACUGUUUUCAGUGAUUUAUGA